AUUGCCGGUUCGACUCGGGCCUGGUUUUCUAAAAACAUUGAGUUGUGACUUGUGAAAGCAAGUUGUCGAGAAAAUCAUAAUCUCAUUCCCCGCAAAAACGCAAUGGCCGAAGAAAAAUCCCGCAUUCAACACUCACAAGAAGAAGAAGAACGCUUUGAUGUUCUAACAAAAACCGGUGAGAAAACCGGAAUUUCCAAACCCAGAAGUGAAGUUCAUCGAGAUGGUGAUUACCAUCGCGCCGUUCACGUUUGGAUUUUCGCCGAAUCCACACAGGAGCUACUUCUCCAACGCCGUGCUUCUUGCAAAGAUUCAUGGCCUGAUCUUUGGGACAUUUCUAGCGCCGGUCACAUUUCUGCUGGUGAUUCCUCCCUAAUCACUGCUAGGAGGGAGCUAGAAGAAGAGUUAGGUGUAAACCUUCCCAAGGAUGCAUUUGAAUUGAUAUUUGUUUUCCUACAGGAGUGUGUCACAAAUGACGGAAAGUUCAUCAAUAACGAAUAUAAUGAUGUGUUUCUGGUAACUACUAUAGAUCCAAUACCUCAGGAAGCUUUUAAACUUCAGGAAUCUGAAGUUUCUGCUAUUAAAUAUAUCGCUUAUGACGAGUAUAAAAGGUUGCUAGCCAAAGAAGAUUCAGAUUAUGUCCCUUAUGAUGUUCAUGGACAAUACGGUCAACUAUUUGAUAUAAUUGAGAAGAGGUACAAAGAGAAUACCGUAGCACGCAGUUUGGCUCUACAAAAGCAACUAAGUCGCUAUGCUCCCGUUUCUCUCAAUGUAGAGUUGACAGGACUUGCAGAUUCAGACAAAGAGGCUCUUGUUUUUAUUGUCAAGGCUGCAACUGUUAUGGAUGAAAUUUUUUAUCUGCAGUCGUGGUACAGUAAUCCCGCUCUUAGAGAUUGGUUGAAGGAGCAUGCUGAUACGUCAGAGUUAAAUAAAUUGAAAUGGUCCUAUUAUCAGAUAAACAAGAGCCCAUGGUCUACCCUUGACGAUGAUGAGGCAUUUUUGACAACUGCAGAUUCAGCAAUAAGGCUGCUCACUAAAGCAACUAGGACAGUUAGAGAGUGGAAAGGUCUGGAAUACAGAGCAGCAUUUCCCAUCCUUAAACCUGCCGGUGCUAAUUUCUAUCCCGCUGACAUGGACAAAAGGGAGUUCAAUAUAUGGAAUGACAGUCUAGCAAAGGAUCAACAGCAAGAGGCAACAAGCUUUUUCACUGUUAUUAGAAGGCACAGUGAAUUUAUUUUGGAUUCCGGUCUGUCCAAUGAUAAAGUAGAUUCAUCUAAGGAUCUGUAUAUAGUUCCCUAUUCUCAAGAGUACAAGUCACUUCUUGCAAAAGCUGCUGAUUUUUUGCAUAAAGCUGGAGACAUUACCAACUCAACAAGGUAUAUUGUUCUUUUAUCCAUUCUCUCAUCGAUUUUCAGCUACAUGCUAAAUUACUUACAUUGUUGGCUAAUAACUCAUUGUUCCAAGUGUAGUUUGAAGAAGCUGCUACAUAGCAAGGCUGAUGCUUUCCUUUCUAAUGAUUAUUAUAACUCUGACAUCUCCUGGAUGGAAUUGGACUCUAAGCUGGAUGUGACAAUUGGGCCAUACGAAACUUAUGAAGAUAAACUUUUUGGAUAUAAGGCUACCUUUGAAGCAUAUAUUGGAAUCAGGGACGAUGAAGCAACAGCUCAACUGAAACUUUUUGGUGAUAAUCUGCAGCUUCUGGAGCAAAAUCUUCCAAUGGAUAAUGCAUACAAAUCAAAAUCUGUGAAUGCAGCACCUAUUCGUGUGAUCCAACUUCUUUAUAAUGCAGGGGAUGUCAAGGGACCACAAACUCUUGCUUUCAAUCUACCAAAUGAUGAGCGCAUUGUAAAUGACAGGGGAACAUCAAUGGUCAUGCUUAAGAAUGUUUCAGAGGCUAAGUUCAAUCAGAUUCUUUUACCUAUAGCUGCUGCCAGUAUUGCUGAGGAACAACAAGAACUCGUAGAUUUUGAAUCUUUUUUUACUCAUACUAUUUGCCAUGAGUGCUGCCAUGGAAUUGGACCUCAUACAAUAACACUUCCAAAUGGUCAACAGUCGACUGUGAGACUGGAAUUGCAAGAAUUUCACUCAGCUCUGGAAGAAGCAAAGGCUGAUAUAGUUGGCCUCUGGGCAUUGAGGUUCUUAAUCUCUCAGGACAUGCUUUCCGAAAGUUUAUUGAAGUCCAUGUAUGUUUCUUUUCUUGCUGGAUGCUUCCGCUCAGUACGUUUUGGCUUAGAGGAAGCUCAUGGGAAAGGACAAGCAUUGCAGUUCAACUGGUUAUAUGAGAAAGGAGCCUUUGUCUCGCAUUCUGAAGAUAAAUUUUCUGUCGAUUUUUCCAAGAUUGAAGGUGCAGUUGAAGGCCUGAGCAGGGAGAUACUCACCAUACAAGCCCAAGGUGAUAAAGAGGCUGCUGGCUUGCUUCUUCAGAAAUACGGUGUGAUGACAGAACCAUUGAAAGUUGCUCUGGAAAAGUUAGAGAAUAUUCAGGUACCUGUUGAUGUGGCUCCUACCUUCCCCGUUGCUGACAAAAUAUUGCAAAGAUAGCAACAUAACUUAGGUACAAAAAGUUCCAUGCUUACAAAAUCUUUGCGUCAACCUGGAAAAAGUUAUUGAAUCAAUGUCCUUUCGUGGUAGUUGUUCCUACUAAAUAAUGGUGUACUUGUAUCUGUUUUUUUUUAUGGACUGGAGUACUUGUAUCUCUGUGAUGUUUCUAUUCUCCUUCAAUUGAUUCUGAAGGAAAAAUUCAUUGUCUUUGGAGAAUAGUUUGAUACGUUAUCUAGAUAUUUUACGCAACCGGCAAGAUUGGAUUUUAUUGAUACAAACACUACUCUAAGAUUUGAUUGUUUUUAAUCAAAGUGUAUUAAUCUUAUGAUAAUAAUUUUAAAUGGUUUAUUUGUAAUAUUCUGCAUUAA